CCUGGGGCGCGGGCUCCGGCGGGGACACCAGCUCCGCAUCCUUCAGCGGCGAGAACAGGCUGCUCCUGGCCAGCAGGCUGCUCUCCUGGAAGCUAUGGCUGUACUCCAGGUGCACCCGCAGGGAGGAGAGGCUCCGGAACCUGGUGUGGUCACCGCAUCGCGGGCAGCGGAAGGGGAGGCUGACGCUGCCGAGCGGCUCCGGCCAGGGGUGCCCGCCUUCAUCCCGGGACGUCUGUUGCAUUCCUCGCCAGGAGGGAACAGCCCGGACAAAUUCCAGUCCGGGUUUUCCCCCACCCCCGAGAAAUUAUUCAAACCGUCUCAAAUGGGGCCUGAACGGGAAUAGAGGCAAGGAUGGAAAGGAGGUCCUGCUCCAGGACUGUUCACAACCGAACCGAAAGAAAAGCGCUACAGGUCCUCUCUGCUGGACAAGAGGUACGCGGUUGCAGGAACAGGGCUAGCCUUCUACAGUUUCUUUUAGAAAUCCUAUGGGAACAUAAAAUGAUCGAAAAAUAGUUCAUUGAAGCACCUGGCAUCGAAGUUUUGCUGGUGGCAUCAUAGAGAGAUGCGACCCCAGUGCCAUUGGGAGCGCUGGAGCAGUUGAUGGAGGACUGCAGAAUAUUAAAAAACCUUGAGCAGAAGAUGAGAAAGCUCUUGGUGUAAAAUUAAUGAGAACGCCAGAAAUAACACCUGCAUGUUACAGGAUGAUGCCUUCAAUGACUGGCUCCAUAACUACCCUAGAGAAGAUACCUUCUUCACACUGCUCAGGUCUGCAUGUUGCCUUUCUGCCCAGCUACGAGAAUGGAAAGACUUCAAAUGACCUCAGCAGGCUGCAAUGGAGAAAUGAGUUACUGAGGCUCCAGUAAGCAUUGAGGUAAACACCCUAAAUUCCAGUCUCUACCCAUUGGAGCAAUCUACAAUGGUUACGUACCAUGGUAAUCAAAGAACGUGAUAUCCAGGAGAAGAUUGACUUUGAGAUCCGGAUGCGUGAGGGCAUCUGCAAACUGCUGGCAGUGAGCACCCAGAAGGACCAGCUCCUGCGCGCAGUCAAGAGCCUGAUGGUCUGCAAUGCUCGGAUACGGGCGUACAGAACACAGCUACAGAGCCACGCAGGAGAGCCAGACCCGUGCAGAGCUGCAGAGCAGUCUUCAGAAAAUGGGACAAAAGACCGGGUGGCAUGCAGAGCAAAGGUUGCCAUAUCAGAUAUUCGGAUACCAUUGAUGUGGAAAGGCUCUGAUCACUUCAGCAAUAAAGAAAAAUCACAGCGCUAUGCAGUUUUUUGUUUGUUCAGAAUGGGAGCUGAGGUUUUUGAUACUGAGGUGACCAUUGUGGAUAAAGCAAUAACAGACAUCUGUUUUGAAAAUGUAACCAUAUUCGAUGAAGCAAGACCAGAUUUCCAGGUGAAGGUUGAAGUGUAUAGUUGCUGCACAGAGGAGUCUUUAUGUAUAACAAACACUCCUAAGAAACUAGCAAAGAAGCUUAAAACGUCCCUUAGCAAAGCUACAGGGAAGAAACUCAAAGCUGCCCUGGAAGAAGACAGCACUGAAUCCCUUUUGCCUGCUGACCCAGUCAUCCCUGAAGCAAAGUACAGUUUGCUGGCAUAUACCACUUUGGGGCUGGAGAGUGCCGAGGACAAUUUCAGAACCCACAACCUUACCAUUACAGGAAAUGAGGAAUCCUCUUUUUGGCUCCCCCUGUAUGGAAAAAUGUGUUGCCGUUUAGUUGCUCAGCCCUCCUGCAUGGCCAGGGAUAUGAUGGCAGGAUUUCUAAAUCAGCAGCAAACAGUAGGAGGUCUAACGAGCUGGCGGAGGCUGUAUUGUGUACUAAGCGGUGGCAAACUCUUUUGUUAUUACUCACCAGAAGAAAUUGAGGCCAAGCUGGAGCCAGCAUUGACAGUUUCCAUCAACAAGGAAACCAGAAUUCGAGUCGUGGAUAAGGACUCCAGGAGGAGAACUAAUAACUUCUCUGUUAUCAACCCCAUGUCUGGAGAGGCUGUGACGCAACGCUUUGCUACUGACAGUAGGGAUGAACUUCACAAGUGGAUGGAGGCUUUCUGGCAGCACUUUUAUGAUCUGAGCCAAUGGAAACAUUGUUGUGAGAAACUUAUGAAAAUUGAGAUUAUGUCACCACGGAAACCACCUUUGUUCUUGACAAAGGAAGCGACCUCUGUCUACCAUGAUAUGAGCAUUGAUUCUCCAGUGAAACUUGAGGGCUUAGCUGAUAUCGUACAAAGGAAAAUUGAAGAGAGUGAUGGUGAGUUCCUUCUUGGCCAGCAAAAAGAGUCUGCAUCUGCCCUAUGGGCUUCACUCUUCGAUGGAUCUCAUGAGAUGACUGUUCAGAAGAACAUGCCUCUGGACCCAAAAGGAGAUACUACAAGUCCUAAUGACAGCAGAGGAAAGAAAAGAAGAGCUCCACCUCCACCCUCCCAUAAGUCACCAUACAGUGCAAAAGCACAGGUGAACACAGAGCAACUGGGCAAAGAAAAAUGGGGGAAGCCUGACCACACAUCUGCCAGUGGUUCUUCCCUUGAGUCAGUGUUGGCUACAAAAAUGCAGCAGCUGCAGACACCUGUUGCUGCUCCUCGCAAAAUCGGUCCUUGUAGAAAAAGCAGUUUAGCUGGUCAGGAGAAUCCCAUUUUUCUGGUUAACAAGAGCAGAUCUGAAAACAAACCAGUACCAACCCCUAGACAGAAAGGCAUCACAGAACUGCUAGACCCUAGGUCUUGGUUGCAGCCAUAGAUGACAUAAUUAACUUACAGAGUCCCUGGAAUUUAAAGUUUCUCAGCCUUCUACUAAUACUCUUGGUAAAAAUAGAUUUUAGCAUAUAGCUUUUUUGUAUUGAGGCUACAGUGUUUUUCUAUUUGCCAGGGCAUUACUGGUAGCUGCAGUCUCAGCUGUGCUCAUUAGCACUCACAUCUAAAUAAUUGCACUAGAACAGGGGAAGUUCUCUCUAUCUGGAAUAAUGGUGCUAUUUAGGAAAACAGUGGUUUGGUACUUUCCUCUUGGAAAACCAGCAGUGUUCAGGGUAACUUCAGUGUCCCCACAACCCAGAUGUUACCGAUGCCUUCUAUCAGUCCCACAGCUUAGCCCAUCCACAGCUCCUGAGACUACUUCAAUUGGGAGUUCACACACAUUCAGCACAGAUCUUGCAAAGCUUGGGCUCCAUGCUUGGCUUAACCUAAAAUAUCCUUAUCUCUCCCUCGUUGUUUGGGAACCACUGCUUAUAUGGUAAUCUACCAUGAAAAGUUACUGUGCCGUUCUGAACACUCCGUAUGAAUUUCUGAGGCAGUUCUAUCAAUUAUUGUGGGAUUUCCCGAGUUCUUGCUGGUUCAUGUGCUGUCCAAAUGGGCCAGGGUUAUCUGUCUAUGAGCAAGGAUAUGAUCCAUCACUGCUGCUUAUUUCGGACUAACAGUGUUCAAAAGCAGUGCUGUGUAUGAGCACUGAGGAUUUCAUCUCAUGGUUGUUUUUCCUGAUCAAUGUGGCUCUGUAGCACAGCUUCUCCUUUGUGGAGCCCCUCAGCUGCUCCAGGUAGGGAGCUGGUUUGUAAACAUGGCAAUGUUACUGGUAAACAAACAGGGAUUUUCACCACUUGUUCUUUCUGCAAUAGCAGGGAAUAAAUACUUCAGGUGAAAAUAUUGAACUUUGAUAUUCUUCCCUCAGACUGUUCACAGUUUCUGUAAGACGGGUAAGUUGUCAGGGUUCUUGUGGCACCUGCAAAACAUCUAUUGCAUACAGAAAAUCUGUAUUCUUCUGAAUCCACAGCUUAAAUACCCAACCCUUUUCUUGGCUGAUGCAUUUAUCUGAAAUGCUGGAAUUCAUCCAAGAGCAAAGGUCUGCCUGCAGUUCUCUCUCUAGAGCCUUGGUACUCAGACCUGUCUUGAGAGGAUCAUAUCAGCAGCUGUAUACAUACAGUUCAUUAAUUAUUAUUUUUUUUCCUAAGUGUGGAUGGCUUUGGGAGCUUUACCGUUUCUCCAGAAGGUAGUGUGGGCAUGGUUGGUUGGUUUGGUUUAUCUAUUUUUUUGUCUUCUGCUAAGCUCUUGGCUGCACAGCUGUAAAGGUAUCUGCUGAAUUCCCCCAGUAGUUCAUUGGCUAUUGGGGAUAGGGCCUGAGAGGCAGGUUUCAUUUACAAAUCCUUCCACGGGAUUAAAGCCCUUUGUUUCUAGAAUGUCCUUGUUCAUUCUUCAUUUAAUCACAUUCCAUUUUCCCUCCAAAACAACCAUAAUCAUUCUUACAAUAAAUCAUGCUGUUACUUAAGUGGAUGGUUUGUGAAUAGUUUAUAAAUAGGAACAGAAAAACUGAAGAAUAACUACAUGAUUAUGUAAAUCAGGCAGUCAACUAAGUGGACUGCACAACUCUGAACAAGAAAUAAGAAAAAUAAACGGGGGGGGAAGGAUAUUUUCCAAAAUGCAGCUUAUUUAGCUUUAAAUCUAGUCUUAAACGUUGCUGUGCUCUGAAAGAAAAAAAUACCUUUUUCUUGGUAACCCCCUUCCAUUUAGUGGUUAUAUUUAAAAAUAAAUCUCAUAAAUAUAUAAGGCAAGAAGGCACCAUAAUGAGGAUUUAUUUUUAAAUUCAACAGGCGAUUGAAUUUCAAUGAGCAGUUUCUCUAUUAAAUUCGGUGGCUUUGUUUUGAACUGAACAUACAUAUUUUAGCAAGGCAUUUAAUAUUAAUUUGAAGUCUUCAAGUGAUGAGAAUUCAGUUAUGCCUCCUGUUGCAAUAGUUAAUUACCCCAGGUACAUUUUUCACUUGAUUUUCUAUUUGCAUUUCUAGCUCCACCUUAAGUUAUUUUGGUCUUUAUGCAUUUGAUUGCUUAUAUUGAUCUCUGUAGUAUCAGCUUUUCUAAUUGCUUGUGUGUAGCUGUAAAUCAUGAUUAUGUCCCUUUUAACCUUUUCUCUGAUAAGACGUACUGAAUUCCUUAACUUUCUUGUUGCAGUGAAUGUUAGCCAAGACUAAUUAAUCUUCACGUUCUUCUCUGUACUUCUCAAGUAUAGAAAUAUUUUUAAGGCUGACAUCUGAAUGAGAUGCCACGUGUCAAUAGUGAUCCAUCAGGAUUGUAUAGAGACACAAUGUGAUCCUCUUACUCUGAUGAAUAUCUCCCUUUCCUCUUUCUUCAAAAAUUGCAUUAUGCUUUUUUUUGUGAAAGCAUUGCCUUGGAUGCUGACUUCUAUGGCUCAAGGCUUCUUCGGAGUCUUUCUCAAGAAUGCAGUACAUCAUCCUCUUAUUAUCCUACCUUAUAUUUUCUUAGAAAUACACACUGUAUUUUACCAGCAUUAAAAUACUGCUCAUGAAGUGAUCCAGAUUGCUCUGUAUAAAUGACCUGUCCUCAUUCUUUGCUACUCCAGCAGUCUGCAUGUCCUUUGCAAAUUUAUUGCAAGUGAUUUUUACAGUUUCUUCCAGAUCAUUGAUUUUUAAAAUUGAAUGCAAGGCAAGGUUUGUAGAGAGAGGUGAUAAGUUUUUAUUACAUCAGUGACAUGGGUAGGGGGUUGGGGAAAAGGAAACAGACAGGCCACUGAGUUGCUUUUAUCCCAGAGCCUUUAAAAAGCUGAGUAAGAUGGAAAACAGCUAUACUUCUUGCUGAAUUCCUAUUAAUACUGUAUUUUGAAAUUAGUUUUCUGUCUUCAGCAUAACAUUCUGUAUUGAUUUGAUCUAGUACUGAUAUUUUUAGGGAAAUUACAUGUUCACUGGUUUUCAGUAGGUGACUUAGGGUUCUUGUGGGUAACACCUCAGUGCAGGUGUCUUUGCAAGCCAAGCUUACUAUGUCAGAAAGUGAAAUACAACCUGUUGUUCAAGACCAGUUCUCCAUGAAGCUGUGUUUAUUUGUAUUUUAUAUCUAUCCUUAAAUUAGACUCAUGUGAGCCAGUUCAUGAUAUUGCUGUGAUCACCACUAAACAAACUAGGCCAUUAAUUACCCUAAUCAUCCUGCAUCAGAACUAUAAAAUCCCUAUUAUGAAGCAACAGUUGACUUCAGGUUUUAGUAUUUAUUGUUGCUGACUUAAUCUUCCUUUUUUUCCCCCUCUUCUGUAUUGCCAUUAUUGCCUUUGCAUUUUCUGUUAAGCAAGAUGGUUUAACUAAUAAAACCUGCAGGCUACCAGCCAACACUGGUCUUAGCUGAACAGUAAAGUCAGUUUUAGGAAAUACAUUUUUACUCAGCUUUUGUCUAUGCAAGAGAACAUAAAUAUUAGUAAUAAAAGCAUAGCACAAUUUUAUUAAUAUAAUUAGAAGAUACAUCUGUGAGGAAAAUUGAUGGGUUUUGUCUUUUCCAUAUAGUUUCAAACUGUAGUACUUUAUUACUGGUACUGGUCUCUUUUCAUUGCAUAGACUUCUUCAGGAAUUACGAC